AUGUUCUCUCAUAUCAAAGCGUUUCGAUGGCCAAUCUUGGCUGUGAGUUUGAUGACUGUAAUCAUGUUGUUUACAUGGCAGUUUGAUAGAGCGCCUGCCAAAUCAGUAAAUACAUUUGAUGCAGCUUCUUUUAUCUCGAAUGGCGAGCUUUACAAACUGCAAGUACAGGAAUCCGUGCUAAACCUGUCAAGAGUGGAGGAGCUAUCUAGUAAAUACGACAUUGCUGUUACCCACCCGCCAUUGCAAUGGACAGAACAAGAUCUGGCAUUCUUCAAAUCCGCUGCAGGAGAAACGGUAUUCUCUCAGUUAGCCUUGAUUCCCGAGGCUCAUCUUCCUCCCAACUUUGCCACCAUCACAGCAGCUGAAAGACUAUUUAAAGCACUGUUUCUGCAUUUUGACAAGAUACUAGCCAAAGACCCCUUUCAAGAUGUGCAACAUGAUCCGUCCUGGACUUUCUUUAAAAGACUGGAAAAUGCGCUUUAUCCUUGGAUCUAUCCCUAUUGGGACAAUGUAUUUCACAUCAACAACCACACCAGCGGCAAAGGCAUUGUGCUGUGUGUAGGCAACAAUCAAUUCAAGUUUGCAGCAUCGACUAUCCGAGCGAUUCGAGAAGUGUAUCACAAUGACCUCCCGAUUGAAGUGUUUUUCAUCCGAGAAAACGAUUUGGAUAUCGCCAAACGACACUAUCUGACCAGUGAAUUUGACAAUCUGACACUGAUGAAGCUGGACGACUAUGUGGACGAUUAUUAUACCAAGUUUGGCGGCUGGGCCAUGAAACCAUUUGCCAUGUUGGCGAGCAGGUUCUCUGAAAUAAUCAUGAUGGAUGCAGAUGUCUUCUUCUUCCAAGAUCCUGGCAUGCUGUUUGAGGAUGAAGGCUACAUGAUGACUGGCAGUUUGUUUUACUAUGAUCGUACCUUGUUUCCCAACUGGACAAAGGGCCCUGAUUGGAUGCGAUCCUUUCUGCCUUCCAUGAGCUCGUUUGUGCCCAAGUCUCGCUGGUUUAGAGGCCUUUCUUCUCAUGAGCAAGAGUCUGGCGUCGUGGUGAUGGAUAAAAGAAAAGCAUUGUUGGGCCUGUUAUCUGUUUGCAAAAUGAAUGGUGUGACCGAACGUGAUGAAGUGGUUUACAAGCACGUUCACGGUGACAAAGAGACGUAUUGGGUAGGCUUUGAAGUGACUCAAACACCCUACGCGUUUGUCAAGUCGUACGCUGGUGUUAUUGGCAGCUAUGGCCGUGGUGCUGCUGAUGGUUCGCCCGAGUACAUCUGUGGUAAUCAGAUCCACCUUGAUGCGGAAGGAAAGCCUCUUUGGUUGAAUGGAGGUCUGUACAGAAACAAGCAUGCCAAAGAUGGUCUCGAAUACCUCAAUUUCACCCAUUUCUCCACUGGCGACGACUGGGAUUUUGGCACCAACUGCAUAAAAAACAAAGACACUGUGCACGAUUUGGAUCCCGUGCAAAGAGUAUACGCUUUAGUGUCCGUUGAGAUUGACAAGAAACGUAUGCUGGAUCAAGAACUACUUGACAAGAAUGCAUGGAAGUUCAAAGACGCCAUGUAA